UAGAGUGAGCUUUGUGUGUUAAACUGAAUGCACGCACAAUGGGUGAAGACGCCCAUAAACAAAAAGAGAGGUUCGAAAUGGCAUGAAUAAUGGCACCCUCGAUCAUGCCUCUCUGAAAACCUUACCUACUCCCAUAUUUCUCCCUCCAUUCUGCCAUGUCAAAGACGAGACUCUCGAGCUUCUGCUCUGCCCUAUAAAUAAAAACCCUAAUUACAUUGUUUGAACUCUGAACUGUCCAUGGCGACUUACAGGCUAGCAGCAAUUAUCAGAAACCCAUCAGAUGAGCUCCUGAUUACGAAGCAGAGCCCCCCUCCACCUUUGAUUGGGGAAGAAUACAAGAAUUAUGUGGAUUCUGAACUUCAUGACAUUCCUUCUGUUACUUUAUCACCGUUGUUGGUUGAUUCCAAGCUAGAUUGGGUCAUUAAAGGUGCAGAGGCUUGUAUUGAUCAGAUUGACUUGAGAGGCUUUGAUGUUAGUUCUGCAAUUGAUCAGGUGGUACUGCAAGUGGGCUUUGACAAAUCAAUUAGUUUUGAAUGGGUGUUUUUGAAAUAUUCAGCUGAACCUGAUUUUGGACCAGUUCUGCAUAUACAUACGGUGUUUAUUUUAGGAAGGUUGAAGUAUGAGGUUGCUGAUCUCCCAGAGAGAUCUCAAUGGAUGAGCAUCCCGAAUGUCAAAAGCUUACUGGCCAAUGUGAAGCCAAGGUACAUUCGUGUGGGACCUUUGGUAGCUGAUGGGCUCUCCGCUGAGUUGGCGCUAUCUACAAAAUUUACUCUUCCUCCUAUGUUGCAAUUUCAGGAAUAUCCUUCAGGAGUUGUAGUGGUACCCAUGGAAAGCAGGACACAGAAGCCUUUCAGUACAACGAACUUGGUUGUCAUAGCACCUGACACUAUUGAAUCUGACAUUAUGGAUCCACAUUUUGUUGCUCAGGGGGAUGCAAUUAUAUUGGACCCUGGAUGCCAUCAUAAAAUGCAUUCAAAGCUUGAGGAAAUUGUGGCUGCAUUGCCAAGAAAGUUACUGGUCCUUGUAACUCAUCAUCAUUAUGAUCAUGUAGAGGGUUUGUCAGUUAUUCAAAAAUGCAACCCCGAAGCUACUCUAUUGGCACAUGAAAACACCAUGAAACGUAUCGGUUCUUGGUCUCUUGGUUACACCCCAUUAUCAGGUGGCGAAGUGAUCAAAGUCUCUGAUCAAAAGUUGGAAGUCAUAUUUGCACCGGGGCAUACAGAUGGACAUAUAGCAUUGCUCCAUUCUGGUACACAUUCCCUGAUUGUUGGUGAUCACUGUGUUGGUCAAGGGAGUUCUGUUUUGGACAUUACAUCUGGAGGAAACAUGAAGGACUACUUUGAAACAACUUACAAGUUCUUAGAUCUUGCACCGCAUGCUCUAAUUUCAAUGCAUGGCAGGAUCAAUGUUUGGCCAUUGCGGAUGCUUUGCGGGUAUCUCAAGCAUCGCAGAGAUCGGGAAUCAACUAUAUUGGCAGCAAUUGAAAGUGGGGCAGAGACACUGUAUGAUAUUGUCUCUAAGUCAUAUGCGGAUGUGGAUCCUUCGCUUUGGGUUCCAGCUUCAUCAAACGUGAGGUUGCAUGUGGAUCAUCUUGCCUCCCAAAAUAAGCUCCCUAAGAAAUUUUCCUUCAAAAAGUUUCAGUCGACCUGCCGAGUGCAUUUUCUAUCACAGUGGAUGUGGAUUUUCUUGAAAAAUAAACUAGCAAAUAAAGAUUACAAGUCGUUCAACAUAAAGUUCUUGGUUGCUGCUGUAAUUAUAGGGCUAUCCAUAUUAUUUGCUGUGAAAAGUAAGAAGAGCUUGGUUAACUCAUGACUGUAUAAUUGGCUCAAAAAAAAUCAUUUAAGUCUUGUUUUUCCAUCCUUCCCCAUGUAAUAUAUCCUUCUUUCAUCUUUCUUUUAAUAUAUUUUGAUAUAUUCAUUGGGAAAAUCCUCAGAGAUUCUUGUAUAUUUAUAUAAUUAGGUUGUCAAAACAGUGGAAAAUCUUAUGUAUCU